AUGGUGUUGUGGCCAGUGGCUCGUCUAACGGACCGUAUGCUGUACAAUACGAUGAGAGAUCUCGACCUUCUCGAAAGGAGCAUGUUCCCAUAUUGGAGGGAGGCUGACCAUUCAGUGCUUCAUGUGGCCAACGAAACCCGGCAGAUGAUAGACGACGACAAAAAAUUUGCCGUCUCGUUGGAUGUGUCCCAGUUCCGCCCAGAGGAGUUGAAUGUACAUUUGGAAGGGCGUCAGUUGACCAUUGAAGGCAAGCAAGAGCACAAAACGGAGAACAGUGCCAUACGCAGAUCGUUUACUCGCAAAUAUCUGCUUCCCGAGAAUGUCGAUCUGGAGGCUAUUCGUACUCAGCUCGAUGACAAGGGCCAUUUGUCGGUAGAAGCUCCAAAGAACACCGAAGGCAACGAGAAGCAGAGAACUAUCCCUAUCAUGCCCGCUCCUCAAAAGUAG